AUGAAUUGGUUAGAGUAAUUUUUUAAUACAAAGAUUUUAAUAGGUCUUGGAGUAGGUGUUCUAACAGCCUCCUUAUCUCUAAUUCCUACACUAAAAGAACAAAAUAAAGAUAAUUCAUAAAAUUAAAAAAUGAAAUUAUCCACAAAAUCAUUGCCAUCAAUAUAGGAUCUCAAAAAAGUUUAUAUAAAAAAGAAUGAAAAAUAAUAUUUGAAUAGAGAUUCCACAUCAAAUGAUAGAAAAAAGAAUAAUAAGAAUUCUCUUAAAACAGAAACCAAUUAAUAAGAUUUUUAUUUUAACUUUGAUGAUGUUAUUAGGAAAAAAAGAAAAUUGUAAGAAUCUGAUAAAUUGUCAUCUCAUAAGAACCAUUUAUUCUCAAAGAAAUUUAAUGAUAAUACAGGCUUGUAAAACAUGAUUUAAUAAAAUAACAGUAAAUAUUAAAUAUUAGAUAGUAAAAAAUUAGAAUGA